UGGCCCGUGCGCGAGCUCGAAUUCGAAUUUGAGCUUUGCGAAAAAGUCCGACUUCGAGACGACGGCAGCAGAGGAUGCGGAGCAAUUGACGACCGACCACCUCGACACCGCCGACCACCACAGAAACUCUCUCUUCACCGGCUCCUGCGGCGUACACCACUAUCACCGCCGCCAUGUCGGUCGACUACCUGCUCCACGAGUCCUCGGUGGGCUACGCAAUUUUCCAGGUCAAGCUGCAGUCCGACACCAUCGGCGCACGCCUCAAGGAAGUGCAAGAUGCGCAGACCGAUCUCGCCAAGUUCGGCAAGCAGGUCCAGCUUGUGUCCUUCACUCCUUUCAAGGGCGCGCAGGAGGCUUUGGAAAAUGCCAACGAUAUUUCCGAAGGCAUCAUGAGCGAUCUUCUCCGCACCGAGCUGGAGGCCAAUCUUCCCAAGGCUGGAAAGAAGAACAAAGUGACACUGGGAGUGGGUGAUAAGUCUCUGGCCGGAAGCAUCAAGGAUGGCUUCUCUGGUGUGCAGUGCGAGACUCCCGAGACAAGCGAAUUGGCCGCCGAUCUGCUGCGAGGUCUGCGAUUGCACGCCGAGAAGCUGCUCAAGAACCUCCAGACUGGUGAUAUCUCACGCGCGCAGCUUGGUCUGGGACACGCCUACUCUCGUGCCAAGGUCAAGUUCUCCGUGCAGAAGAACGACAACCACAUCAUCCAGGCCAUUGCUACCAUCGACCACCUCGACAAGGCCGUGAACACCUUCUCCAUGCGAGUGCGUGAGUGGUAUGGCUGGCACUUCCCCGAGUUGAUCAAAAUCGUCAGCGAGAACCAGAAGUAUGCACGAUGCGCUCUGUUCAUUGGCGACAAGAAGACCCUCGACGAGGACAAGCUGCACGACCUGGCUGCAAUUGUUGAUGAUGACGAGAGCGUUGCCCGCGCCAUCAUCGAGGCUGCUCGUGUGUCGAUGGGACAAGACAUCUCCGAGCACGAUAUGGAGAACGUGAUGACCUUUGCAAAGCGUACAGCUGAGCUUGCUGCAUACCGCAAGUCCCUAGGAAACUACCUUGUCGCCAAGAUGGGCAUUGUCGCGCCCAACCUGGCAGCUCUGAUCGGCGAGACUGUGGGUGCUCGUCUCAUUUCGCAUGCUGGAUCGCUCACAAACCUGGCCAAAUACCCAGCUUCGACUGUGCAGAUCCUUGGUGCCGAGAAGGCUCUUUUCCGUGCCCUGAAGACGAAGGGCAACACACCGAAGUACGGUCUCAUCUAUCACUCAUCAUUCAUCGGUCGCGCUGGGACGAAGAACAAGGGCAGAAUAUCUCGCUUCCUUGCCAACAAGACUUCGAUCGCUUCUCGUAUUGAUAACUUCAGCAUGCAGCCUACCAGGAAGUUCGGUGAGGCUCUGCGCGCGCAGGUGGACGAGAGGUUACGAUUUUACGCAGAGGGCGUAAAUCCGACUAAGAAUGCGGAAGUCAUGAAAGCCGCUAUGGACGCUACCCUGGCCUCCAUUGACAUCGCCGACCCUACUGCAUUAGCUGCCGACGAAGAGAUUGCCGCCGCGGGCGUGACAGCAGGCGCUGCCGAGCAGAAGCAACGGAAAGAGAAGAAGUCGAAGAAGUCAAAGUCGGAAGACGUUGACAUGGCCGAUAUCGAUGCCGAUGAGGUCGACUCAAAAGCCGCAAAGAAGGCCAAGAAAGAGAAGCGCAAGUCCGAUGCCAUGGACAUUGACGAAGAUGCAGUCGCCAAGAAGCUGAAGAAGGACAAGAAAGAAAAGCGGAAAUCCGAGGCGCUCACGAACGGGGAAGUGCCGAGUGAGCAAAUCAAGGAGAAGAAGAAGAGCAAGAAGAACAAAUGAUCUCCAUAUUGAUGGCUUGGAUAUGUAUGUAUGGCUGGCGAUGGUGUUGUAUGGCGUUCACAGGCAUCACUGAUGAGACGGAGGUACUGUACAGUACUGUAUGCAAGAGUCUUGUGAUUUUAGAGGCGACGAGUUGGUAUUCCGAGAACAAGUAUUCAACCUUUCAGCGCCUCCUUCGUGGUAUAGUAAAAAUGGGCCUUUCACGGCUGACAUGUGUCAUAGUAGGCGUUC